GCACUUUUGGCGGUUAAUCAGUCGCACGCGGCGAGUCGUCCCGAGUUGCGCGAGUCAGGCGUCGCUCGAGAGCCCAAAUUGCAUAUCACGUUUAUCACAAGUAUUCAUUUAAGUUCGAAGGGUAGAUAGCGCGGCCGGUACUUUAGUACAUGAGUGCGAGGGGGGCCUCGAGCCCACGUCGCUACGAGAAUAACGACCUGGUGUGAGAACGAAGAGGCCGACAUACGCAGCGGCAUGGAGCUGCAUACACCGAAACGUAACAACGCGACCGCCGGCGAAUCCAUGGGUGGCUGCGGCAGCCCGCCAAUGUGCGACACUAUGCUUUAUCCGUGGAAUUGGGGCGAGGAGGCGCGCAACGUUAAUUUGAGCCCCGGGAGUUCGUGCUCCUCGCCGGAAUACAUCAGCGGAAGCGGCGGGGGCGGGGGCUCCGCUGGAGGUCGGGUUCAACGGGACUCCGUGGACCGUGAACAUCCUAGCGAUGAUCACCAUCAACACCACCAUCACCAUCAUCAUCACCACCAUCAUCACCAUCGGGGCUCCUCUUUAGAGUCGCAUAGGCGCGGUAGACCGAGGGCCGACGCUCUCACGAAUCUUAUGAUGCAAGGCAGCACCUCGCCGUCAAGCAUCAAGUGUACCUAUUGUAACCGGGUGUUCCCCCGAGAGAAGAGCCUCCAAGCGCAUCUCAGGACACACACUGGUGAGAGGCCUUAUCCCUGUGACUAUCCAGGAUGUACAAAAGCUUUUACUCAAUCCGGACAAUUGAAAACUCAUCAAAGAUUACAUACAGGAGAGAAACCAUUUCUGUGCACGGUACCGGGCUGUGAAAUGAGAUUUACGCAUGCAAACCGACACUGUCCGGAUCAUCCUUAUGCGACGCUUACGCGAUCUGAUGACUUUGUCCUGAAACCAGUCUCGGGGAACACGGAGCUUCCGCACGAUGUGACCCGAUGGCUCGAGCGUUACAAAAUGGCAAGGGAACGGGAGGACAGGACUCCUAGCAGCAAAAGUGAAAGAAAAAAAAAGCAGUGGAAGAAUAGCGGCGACAGCCACAAGAGAAUAAAGUCGAGGAAAGGCCUCGUAAUGGAUACGGUUGUAGAGCAGGAGAACCUUGAUAGGGCACCACAGAGCCAGAGUCGACUGUACUGCAGUGAGAGCCAAGACAGCCAAGAUGAGAGUCAGGACGAGGAUCCGACUGAGACUUGCGCUAUACUUCAGACAUCCGAGGACGAGGAGGCAACAGGAAUCAAGUUACCCAUCACUCCUUUACGAAGGCCUUUCGAUAGAUUGCAACCGAAAAAGCGGUGGCUGAGGGAAGCCUGUCUGGAGCAGCAGUUAGCCAAACCUCUCAGGUGGGACCUCCAUCCAACCAAUAAUUGUCAUCGGAUCACGGAAGAGCUCAACACGUCCUCGCAGUGGAGCUUGUCUGAGUCCCAACUGCCAAAUCUUUGUGGCAUCGUUCGACACGAGAGUGAAUUAGCACCGAUGAUCACAGAGCAAAGUUUACAAUUGCAGAGUACGAAGGCAGUUGCUAUUAACGAGGACAAGAAGACCAAUGGCACCAAGGUGCUUCACACAGAAAAUGAGACAAGGCCUACAGUGCUUAUGCUCGCAGGGAGAAAUCAGGCGUCAAAAUCGUGUGCCAACGAGAUUGGUAACGCCGACAUAAAGGUUAUUGUCGUUAAGCAAGAAGAGAGUCCAUUGAAACUGCCGUUACCCGAAGAUAAUCAAAAAUGGCUUGGUGCCCUUGCAUUAAUGGAGCUGGCCAAGACACAAGAAGAAGCUGCACGAGCAUUAAGAAUAUCCAGAGACUUGGAUAUGUACACGAGCCCGAAUUACACUCAUCUCUAAACUGUGAUUAUUUUUAGAGCUUGCCCAAAUAAUUCCUUGACCAUACUCGUUAGUUAAUUGUUUGUGAAUGAUCAAUUCGCAGAGCGAAAGAGAGAUUGUAUCGGAUCGUGCUUUAUUGGCCCUUUACACACACCUAACCAAACUCUUUGAUGUCUUAUUAUUUUUAUUUUUUUUUUAUUAUUGACUAUUAACAGCCUUACUUCAUACUUGUAUAAUACCGAUGUGAAGGGCCUAAUGCUAUUUGUAAGUUUUAAAAUUAAGGUUGAACCUUGAAGAUAAAUGUUUGUUCACUGUAACUAUACUCUUCAUUAUUUUGUUGAGUUAUAGUAACGUAUGACAAAAGUUCUUUAAUAUUUAAGGAUAAGCGUUAAACAUUUCGAUCGAUGCCAACGGGGAAAUAGUUUCUUGUAUUUUAUGUGAUCAUAACGAUAAUGAGAAUUGUAGGUGACCAAAAAAGCUUUUAAAUGCAGCAUUUUAUUUAAAAAAAAAAAAAAUACAAUUUUAAGUCUCGCCAAAAAGAUGAUAGAUAAAAGCAAACGGUUGUGUCAUUACUAUUAACACUCGAGUAUUAUAAGAUGAUAAUAUUGGCGUAUGAGAGAAUAAACUUUUGUGUGAUAAUAUUCAGGUAAUAUGAGUACACCAGUUGUCUAAUAAAACUGACAUGGAAAAAUCGAGCUUGUAAAGUAUUUAACGGGAACAAAAUUAGUCACUAUUUAUGUAAAGGUGUGUGAUAUAAAAAAAGUAUGCAAGGUUUAAAGUCUAUAGAGAAUCAUGAAGCAUUGGAGCCUUUGAUUAUCUUGCUGCAUUGC